GUUCAACUCAACUCUUCUCGACCUCACCACUCCAUCCCACUCAGACGAAGGCAACGAUGGAUCUCGAUGAGGCAGGCCCUUCAUCACGGCCCGCGGGCGUUAGUCUGGAUGAGCUCGCCACGUCCUCGCAUGAUCCGUCCCAGUCCCGCAGCCACGCCGCCCUCCUUCGAGUCUUCGAAGACCGAAAAGUCUCCCGCUCCCUCGCAGUACCCACGGCUGACCACGCUGUCCGUCAAAAGCUGCGUGACCUGGGCGAGCCUCAGACCUGUUUCGCAGAGGCUAACGUCGAUCGCAGAGAGAGGUUGAGGGAUGUGCUUGUCAAGGAGAGGCAGAGGAGGAUUGAGGCUGGUGACGUCGAGGGGGAAGAAGAUGUAAGAAGCGAAGGAAGUGACGGAGAAGAGGAAGAGCAGGAUGAAGAGUUCUUCACCGAGGGGACAGAUGAGCUGCUCGAGGCGAGAAGGGAUAUCGCAUGGUAUUCUCUUGCGAGAGCCAAGAAGAGAAUACACAGGCAGAGGUGCGAGGCCAAGGUGCCACUUGAGGAGUUGGUGGGGCUGAGAAACAGGACGUAUGAGCCCUUCAAGCACUUCACCUCUCUCGGCUCUCAACCAGCCUCGGACCGUCCGAUCUCACAGGUCCGGUUUUCCCCGUGCACCGGCUCUUUACUCGCAACAGCCUCCUGGUCAGGUCAACUCAAGCUCUGGUCAGUCCCUUCCUGCUCCCCUCAUCCUCACCGCGAUUAUCGGGGUGGCCACACGGACAAGAUUGGUGGGCUUGCAUGGCAUCCUCAAGCCACACAGGGACAGAGCGCUGCGAGUGUGAAUCUGGCUACAGGUGGGGCAGAGGGGAACGUCUGUCUUUGGUCACUCGACAAAGACACGCCCGUCGCCACGCUCAAAGGCCAUGAAGCAAGAGUAGCGCGCGUGGCCUUUCAUCCUUCAGGCAACUAUGCCGCCUCGGCCUCCUUCGACGGGACGUGGCGUCUCUGGUCUCUCAACUCACCCUCGCCCUCCUCGAUUCUCAUGCAAGAAGGACACUCCCGCGAAGUCUACACCGUUGACUUCCACCCCGACGGCUCCCUGCUCGGCUCAGGCGGGCUCGACGCACUUGGUCGACUCUGGGACCUCAGGACAGGGAGAGCGGCCAUGGUGUUAGACGGGCACGCUAGAGAGGUGCUUGCGCUCGAUUUCCAUCCUAUGAGUGGACAUCAUGUCGUGACCGCGAGCGGGGACGAUACAGUCAAGGUGUGGGAUAUGAGGGCACUCAAGAGUAUCUAUACCAUUCCCGCGCAUACGAGCUCGGUGGCCGACGUAAGGUUCUUCAGGGGCGGCAGCGCUGUAGGAGGAGCGAAAGUCAAUGGAGCAGGCAAGGAAGAAGACAUGGAUACCAGUCAUGACGUUGCAGACUCCUCAUCUCAGCCGCAGCUCUCCGCUUCGGGCCUGUACCUCUGCACAGCAGGGUACGACGGCCUUGUCAAGGUAUGGUCGUCCGACGACUGGCAGCUCCUGCGGACGCUGAGCGGGGACAAUGGCAAGGUCAUGAGCGUGGAUGCGUCGCCGACAGGAGAGCAUUUGGCAUCGGGCGAGUGGGGAAGGACAUUCAAGCUUUGGGGCGCGUUGUGAGGGGGGGGAGGGGGAGAAAGCAAAGAGCUCAAUGUCAUCCGUUGCACGCG